CAAAUCCUUAAUCGAGAAGGAACGAAGAAAUUUAAGGGUGACAGGCUGAUAGCGACAAUGGUGGGAUCGCGUAGAGGCGGAAAUCUAAGGAUUAUAAUCGGCACCAUUAUUGGAGGCAUCAUGGGCUUCUAUGUAAUGCACAGCGUUGAAACUAGCUACAAGGAGAAGAUGAAACAGAGGCUGAUUGAAUAUCAAAAUCAAUUGCAGCAGAAAGAGAAGCUGGAGGAGGAGUUGGAAGAUCGCUCAUAGCCCAGAAGAAUCGUCGUCGUUUUCUUUUGUUCUUUUAAUUUUUUUCCCGUUUUCUUUAUUUAUUUUUUCCAUCUAGUUAGAAUUGGGGACUGGUUGAUAGGUUUUAGAUUUGUUAAGGAUGAUGCUGCAUUUUGGAGACCCGGCGAAACUAAAAACUAAGAGGGUUGUGUUUGAAGAAAUUUUCAUUGCACAUGAUUCUGGCACAUUAGAGCAGUUGAAAGAGUUGAGUUCCAGGCGCAGAGCUGUUGAAGAAUCAAUUAACGAGAGCAGCUUCUUGACAGAGGUUAUUGCGAGGGAAAUGGCAGGAGGAUUGACUUCUCGUUAUGAGCAGGACCUGCAAAAACUGGAGCAGUAUUUGCCUCUUUUGCAAAAUUUGAUGAUUCAUGUUCAGUCACUUAGCAACAACCGGAUAAUUGUUCAUUGGACGUCAGGCCUUAAGAUAAGAUGGACUAGCGCUCUUAGUACUUCUUCAAUUUUCAAUCUUAUGGGAUCAAAGUUCUAUAACAUUGAUAGUUUGCACUUAGAGCUUGGGAUGAACCUUUUCCUUUAUGGUGCAAUUUUGCGAGAAAGGGCUUUGGAAGUUUUAACAGAAGAUCUGGUGCAGUCUGCUACUCUAUACAGGAAAGCUGCCGGAGUUUAUCACUAUCUGGUUAAUGAAGUACUUCGAUCUUUACAACCUCAAUUCUCUCAGGAAAGACCACCAGAAUGUAUGUCAUCCGUGUGUUCCAUUAUGAGCUUAAUCUGCCUUGCUGAAGCACAGGCUGUGACUACAAGAAAAGCUGAAGAAAAAGGAACUACUCAAGGUCUUUUAGCUAAGCUACACUAUGGCAUUACAGAGUUGCUUGAUGAGGCCAGCAGUAUUAUACAUUCAGUGAAGAAAGACUGCAAAGAUAUUUCGGCACGCCUUGUGGGCUUCAUAUCAUCUUGCAGAGCACUACAUGAGUUAAGAAGCCAGAAACAUCUUGCGGAAGAUUUGAAAGGUGCUGGCCAACUUGGGGUUGCAAUUGGAGUUCUCCGCCAUGGUUUAGCAAAGGCCAAAAUGCCAGGGGAAGAGUCAUGGUGCUUGGUUUUCAGGCAGGAGAUGGAUGCUAUUUGUGAGAUGCUCAGGAAGUUUGAGCAUGAGAACGAAUUUGUAUGGCGCAACAAGAUUGCCACUGGUGAUGAGUUGCCAUUUCUCCAAGGUACGAGAAUCGUGACUGUCAUCCCAUAUUGUAUCCAGAGAUGGGAGAGGGAACUAGUUUUCAGGAUAUAGAAAUAUGAUCUAUGCAGGAUAUACAUCUUCAUGUGUGGGGAAGCAAAAGAUAAAUGGAUUUUGGCACACUAAUCCG